GGGGAGGAGGUUGCUGCUGGGAGGAGAGGAGUGGCAGCAGGGCGCUCCCUGGUUGUGAGUAGAGCUAUGGCCUCUGUGGGCUUCGUACUAUGGUGUUCUGUGUGCAUGGCCAUGGCGGAUUCGUCCGGUUCCGGUUCCCCGACGACCGGCGGACGUACGGGGCUUCCUCAUACACCAUUCAUUGCACUCACUGACAUGCAGCUCGACGUUCCACGUGGCCACGUGGCCGUUCAGUCUCAGAACGCGGAUAGACCUGAAGGUGCGGACGUAGCCGGGAUACCAAUCGUACUGCCUGGCAGGCGGGCGAUGUCGGACCGCUACGGGUCGUCCAGAAGUUCUGCUCAGCUGGACGAAAUCCAAGAGCAGAAGAAGACCGCUCCCCAAGGGAGGGGGGAGUCGAUUCCCCCCCUCUCUGUUCUCCCCCGUCAUGCUGGACUACCCACCCAGCGAUGUCGACAAGCUCUGGAUGACAGCCAUGGCGAUGCCGAUGCCGAUGCCGAUGCAGAUGCAGAUGCAGGUGUAGCCAGCCAUGGCUAUGUCGAUGGAGAUGCAGAUGCGGAUGCCGAUGACGAUGACAAGCCUAGAGUUUCCCCAAGAGAAUCGAGGAGCUGGUCGCGAUCUGCGAGAGCCAAGAUAGCAUUCGGCAGUGGUCACGAUCCCGAUCUGGAUCUGAGUCAUCUGACCAAAGAGAGCAAUGAUCCCGGCACGCGUCAGGCUGCAACUUCUGCAAGUGCCAGCACGAUGAGGGCCAAGGUCGAGGACCCGAGCUCGGGCAUGAACACGAGCGAUGGCGGCAGCAGCAGCACGACGGUCCCUGAUGGGAAGACGGGUUCCAGCGUGGAGGCCUCAGCUGCGAUAGGCUUCAUGUCGGGAUCGGGAUCCCGAGCUGGCCAGGCGUUCGGUUACGGCAAGGACACGACAGGCGGCGGCUCCGGGGUUAUUGCUGUUGUCGUCAACUACGCCGACUCAGGGGCGGGGACUCUGCGCGAGGCCUGCAGUCGUUCGGGCUCCUUGCGCAUCGUCUUCGCAAAGGACGGGGAGAUCAGGCUGGCCUCGCCUGUGCCUUGCUCGUCGGACAAGACGAUCGACGGUGGGGGGAAGAAGGUGAMSAUCUCUGGCUAUGGCAUCGWMGUSAAGRRUCAGSAGAAUGUGAUCGUCAGGAACCUGUGCUUCGCUGGCUCGAGGAUGGAUGGGAUCACCAUCAGGCAUAGCACCAACGUGUGGAUYGAYCGSUGCUCAGUCACGAGAGUCGGCGAUGGCGGCRUCGACGUGGUCGGKGCUUCGUACGGUGUCACCAUCUCCAGCUGCUACUUCUCCGGRAUAUGGAAGACGAUGCUCCUCGGCAAUGGCGACRAGGAGAYCGGGGAUAGGGUGAUGAGGGUUUCUGUUGCCUUCAACUGGUUCGACAAGUGUCUGUCCCGCAUGCCACGCGGUCGCUUCGGUACCUUCCACGUGUGUUCUAAUCUGUACACCGACUGGGGACACUACGCAGUCGGGGGCUCCAUGGGAGCCAAGCUGUUGGUGGAGAAGAACAUCUUCCGCGCUGGUCGGACCUUGGAAGUCAACGGCUUCGACCCUGAGGGCAGCGAUGGCAUCACGCUCAUGUUCCGGGACAACCAGCUGCUCAACGGGGCCCAGAUUGUCAAUCGGAGCCUUGGGACUGUCUCUGUCCCAUUCUCCUGCCCGGCAAAGAGCGAAGCGUCGAUUCAAAGCAGCGCGGGGUGCGGGUACCCAUGCAGCUAGACUACCUUCUUGAAGUUUCCCCCCCCCGAACACAAUGUACGGUCAUUACAGCUGUAUCUAAACCGA